AUGGGAUUUAUUGCCUCUAAUAAGAGGUUUAUUUGGGUAGCUGUAGGGGCUCCUGACUCUGUCCAUGACUCGAGGCUUCUGAAAAGUUGCGACCUCUUUGCCGAGAUUCAGCAGGGACAUGUUUUCCCAAAUACUGUGCUACAAACAAGGGAGUACGGGGACAUACCGAUCACAACAGUUGGUGAUUCAGCAUUUCUGCACUACACGUGGCUAAUAAAGCCGUACAAUGAAAAUACAAGAGAUCCAAGAAAGCGCUACUUAAACAAGAGGCUUUGCUUGGCUAUAGUUGUGUCAGAGCAUGCAUAUGGUAUGCUGAAAGGGAGGAGAAUCCUCCACAAGAAGACAGAGUGUAAACUAAAGAACAUAAGGCAUGUCAUAAUGGCCUGCAUAGCCUUGCAUAAUAUAUGCAUUGCAAGAGACGACCCAUGCAGACCCAGGUGGAGGCUGGACAUUGAAAAACUGCACCUUAUUAGGAAGAGGGGGAGUGUGGAGCAAGAUGGCGAGGCAGAUCAGAUCAGGGAAAGAAUCACUAACUGGCUCUGGGAUAUCAACCAGCAACGACAAUUGAUGGAGUGA